GACAAACGGACAUCGCCACGUGAUCCAAUAUGUCAUAAACAUAUAUAGUCCUUCGCUUCGCUCCGGACAAUAAUGAUAUCUCUUAUCUAUUGAAUAUUAUAUUAAAAAUUUGAAAUCGUGUAACAAUCUUUAAUUGAAUUUGAGAUUUAUUCGUAAUUGAACGAUCUAAUGCAGUCUGAUGCUUUCUCAGAUAAUUAUUUAAUAUUUUUGAGGAUUUAUACUAUAGAGCGGAGUAAUAUUUAAAUAUAUAAUUUUUUGUCGUAAAGGUUUUACUGCGUUAAACUGGUUUAAACCGGUUGAUAACCGGUUAAUUAAGCCCAUUAAAAUCCGGUUCGAGUGAAAAAAAAUUUCUUUGUAUUCUCAACGAAAUAAUGAAUGCAGACAUAUUUUAUUCAGAUAUUCAAAUUGACUAUGAUAAAGAUUUAUGUGAAUAUAUUCCUGGAUUAUAUCGUUUAUUAGAAUUAUGUAAAGAUGACGGUUCAAAUGGCCUUGUGAACAAAAUAAUUAUUUCUAAGAAUUUUUUAAGGAAACUAUGUAAUGAUAUGGUCCCGUUAAGUUUCAAGUCUAUUUUUGACAUUAAUUUUACGAAAUUGAAUUCGAUUUCACUUCGCCUUAUCGGAUGUUACGGAAAUCAUACCUUAAUUGCAAAGCUUUUAUUAAAUAAAAAUAUUAUAAACAAAAAAAUAUAUGAUUUGCUUGUCGUCUCACAGCCUUCCAUGGGCAAAUCUUAUUUACGUCCUGGUAUUUACUUGUCAUUAGUUAAUCCAGGUUUAGGUUUAAUUAUUCAUUGGCCUGAAAUAGGAUGUUAUGAGGAAAAUGCUUCUUCUCAACGUAAAAAAAAUAUGACUUAUCUACAUAGAUAUUUAACAAAGCUUACUGAUCAUCAGCUUUGUUUUAUGAGCGAUAAAGAUUUGGAAAGUUUUGAUUGGAAUAUGGAAGUUUCUGAUAUUGAUUCAGAUGAUAAUGAUGAUACAUGUUAUGAUUUUGAAGUUAAAAAAAGGCAAGAAGAACAAGAAGAUUUAGAAGAUUUCAAAAUUUAUCCUGGAUUUGAGGUGAAUUUACCUCACAAUAUCAAAGCUGAAAUUAAUAAUCAAACGAAAGAUGUUUCAUUAUCUCCAAUAGUUGUUGGGUCUACUACACAUCAAUCAUUCAUUACUCGACAAUUGAUAGAUACAGCUUCACAUACACAUAAAAUCACUUCACCUGUUUCUAUAACUCAAUUUCCAAUUGAUCUCAAAAAUAAACUCAAAGAUCAUUAUUUACAUUUUGAUCGUCAUAAAAUGAAUAUGUAUGAAUUGGAAUUAUUUGUCAAUUAUGGAUUGGAAGUUGAAGGCGAAUUUUUUAAUCCAUUGCAUGAAGCAUUGGCCACCGCUAAAGUACAACAUGAAAAAAAGAAAUAUCAAAAAAAAAGUGCUAUUGUUGAGGAUAUUGAAAUCAUGAAACAAAUAGCAUUGAUGAAAUUACAUUCUUUUUAUAGUCAUUUUGAUAUUUCUUUAUCGCGAAUAAAUAUAAGUGAUACAGAUUUAAACAGAAUUCAAACAAAAUAUCCUGGGAUAGAAACUCUAAUUGAAGAAAAAGUUAAAAUUAAUUCAAAAAAUUGGAAGAAGAUGAAAAAAAGAUAUAAUUUAGCAUGUAUUGUUGUUGAGAAUAUGAAUACAUUGGAAAAAACCAGUAAAGUAAAAGAAAAUAAUGAUGGGUUGACAAAAUCUAUAAGCGAAACCUUUUAUGAUAUAUUUAUUGAUAAAGAAUCUGAUUUACAUAAAUUAAUAGAAAAAUAUACACAACGGUCAGCUUUUCAAAAUUCAUCAAGUGCCUGCGACUUGUUUGAUUAUUAUAAUUUAAAUAAUUCGAAACUUAAUAAAGCAAAACAAAUGACCAAAGAUAUGGCAGAUGCAGAAUUUAUUCAAAAACUUGUAAAUUCUAAAUUGUUUGAAGGAUAUGAUGAUAUUAAAGAAAAAAUUAAUAGUACUUUUUUUGAAGAAUACCAUCAAUGGAAAAAAAAUGAUUUUCCUGUUGAAAUUCGAAGAAUCUUCCCAGAAUCUUUAUUUAUCAAACAAUUAGAAUGUAAAUUAGAGAAAGAAUAUGUAGAAGAAAAACAAAGAAUUGAGAAAAAUGAAUUUGAAAACAUAUGUAAUAAAUUGGAAUGUAAAUACAAAAAUGGGUCUAUGCGGUUAAGCGUAUUAAAUGUAAUAGAAUCAUUGAACUAUUUCAUAAUUAAUUAUGAGAUUGAAAUGGCACAACCAAAUCAAACGCAGAUAUCUAUUUAUGAAACAUCGUUAGAACAAGCAGAUACUCACCAACUUCAAGAAGAUGAGCACGUUCCAAAUCUAACUUUAACGUCUCAUUAUAGUGGGCAAUAUGGUACAUCAUUUCAUCUUGAUCCUCAAGUCUAUGACUUUAGGAAAUUAUUACAAUUUGAUAAUCAUAAAUUCCUUCUUGUUUUAUGGAACAAAAAAGCAUCAAAAACUGAAAUAUUCUUUGAUACUGCUCAGAAACUAGCACAAAAUUUCAAACAAUUUUAUUCAAAUAAGCCAUUUAAGACAUUAAAUACGGAUGAAAAUUAUUUUAUAGCAGUGAAUGAACCCACAGAAUUAAUUGCUAUAUUUGACACAAGAAGAGUGGUGUUAGACAUUUUUUCUUUCAAUGAUGGUCAAGCAAAUUUAUACUCGCGAAAUUCAAACAUCCAGUUAUUACAAUGGUAUAGUGGUACGGUUCCGGAUAUUCAAUAUUUCUUGUUUAUUCAGGACACCGAGGAUUUGUGUUUCGUUGAAAGAGGUGGUCGUGCACGUAUAUUCAACCUUAUAAAUCAGCAAUUUCGACCGGCAGUUUGUAAUCUUCCACCAAGUACAGCAAAUGUUUUAAGUUCUCCAGAUGGUUCUUGUAUUGUAGCGUUUGUGAAAGAAAAAAUAAAAUUUGAAAACUCUACUAAUGACGAAAAUGAAAACGAUGAGGAAGACAAUUUAACCGAUGAUGAACAGAAUUCUACUAAUAGAGAAAGCGAUCUUAAGGAGAUAUGCCGUGCAUAUGUUUAUUUUUGUACAAAUUUUGGAAGUUCAGUUAGUAAAGUUAUCGAUUUACCGCCAACUAUUCAAUCCUUAGAAUACUUACAAUUCACUUGUAUAAAUAAACUACAAACCCACUUGAUGUCAUUGGAUUUGGAAAAUGGAUGUUUUAAUUCGAUAAUAGUAAAAAUUACUGUAGAGAGAACUCAAUAUCGUUUCCAAGAACGCGUACAAAAACAAUCGCUUGGACUAGUAAAAGUCUCUCACAAAAACUUUAAAUAUACUAUUAUUGAAGGAAAGAAUACUCGCUUUGAGAAAAUAGUUCAAAAUGGAGAACAUAUUGUAAUUUUGGGAGAAAAAUAUAGUGUUCUUGAAGUUCUUUCUGAUACAGAGUUAAAAAUUGAUGGAAAUUUUAAACAAAAAAAUGGAUUUGACAAAUGGAUGGAAUUCCGUAUUGAACCUAAAACAAAACUUAAUGGUCUUAUCGAUGCUUACGGAUUAAUGUUUGAGAGAUAUACAGUGGAGAGUUGUAUUGAUACCGAACAGAACCGUCCUCUUAGUUUAAAAAUAGUACUAGAUGUCGAUAAUGAUAUUGAAAAAUAUGGCGAGAAGUUUGAAGACUAUAUUAUUGAAAUGUUCAAGAAUUUAAAGCGUUCUACAAAAAAACCAACAUCAAUAUUAGAGGAAUUUACUACAUCCGUAAUCACAUUUCAAAAACUUGAUGUCGAAAAUGCAAAAUUUCAGAAGAAAUUUUCAGCAAAAUGUCAAUUAGGAGAGUGGAUCAUUCAACUAUGUUGUUUAAUUCCUAUCCAAAUUGCUGUAGCAAGAAAUAACUUGUUUCAGCCACUUAGAGAUGGAUUAUCCUCGAAUGAUGAUCAUGUUGGACUUGACGAUGAUGGUGAUGAUGGUUAUGGUCUCCAUGUAGAUGGUAUAGCCAAGAAUAUUUCUUUUGGAUGGUAUGAAGGAAUUUUCAAGCACUUUGGCGAUAAAAAAGUUAAAGUUGUUUCUAGUAUGGGUGAGCAAUCAUGCGGAAAAUCGUUCAUGCUAAAUCAUCUUGUCGGAACUACAUUUGACGGUUCUGCAAUGCGUUGCACCGAAGGUGUAUGGAUGUCGUUAGUAAAUACAAAGAAAUAUAUUUAUGUUGCACUCGACUUUGAGGCUUUAACAUGCCUCGAGAGAACUCCGCAAGAAGAUUUAUUUUUGACACUCUUUAAUACAGUUGUGUCAGAUCUUAUUCUUUUUAAGAAUCAAUUUGCAGUAAAUAGAGACAUGUCGACAAUGUUUCAAAGAUUUCAAGGUGGUGCGACGCUGUUUGAUUCAGAAAUAUUUCAGGCAAAACUUUGUAUCAUUAUAAAAGAUGUUCCUAGUGCUGACAAAGAAGACAUUGUUAGAGAAUUCAGGUUAAAAUUUAGUCAAUUGGUUUCGGAGGAGGGUGAAGACAACUUUAUUUCAAGAAUGUACAAAGGGGGACUAGAAGUUAUUCCUUGGCCAAUGUUUAAUGAUGCAUCAUGGUUUAAAACCUUAUCAAAAGUUAAUAAGAAGUUGGAAAAGCGAGAAGCAAAAUAUGAAAAUGCUAGGACUUUUUUGCAAAUUACCAAAGUAAUUAUGGCUAAAUUGAAGAUAUGCGAUUGGGGUUCAUUGGACGAAAACCUUAUACAGAUUCGUGUUGCAACCCUAAAAAGAUUACUUCCAACCGUUGUUGCUUAUGGUUUGGAGCAGAAAGAUUCUGUUAACGAACAACUUAUGGAUCGCGAUUCUGGAGAACCAAUUGAUGAUCCAAUAGUCAUCUUAUCUGAUAUUUUAAGUGACUACGAAGGAUCUACUAAAAUAUUACCAGAUUCUGAUAUUCAGUUAUAUGACGAACAUGAGUCUUUCGAACGACUUUCUGAAGAUUUAAGAUGUUAUUUUGAAGAUUAUGUACAACCACGAAAAGAAUCAUCGAAUGAUAGAGAGUGGUUUGCUAAUUUUGAAAAAUUCAUUAGAUAUAUUAUUGAACGUCGCGUUUUGCGUGUUCAAAAUUGGUAUGUGAAAAAUACUGCUAAAUUUCCACAAGAUAAUAGUGGAAAGUAUGCAAUGGAGCAAGAAUUAAGCAAGCUCACACUCCUAUGGACCUUGUGUGGAUUAACAUGUCAUCAAUGUGGUUUGAAAUGUGUCAAAAAUCGGGAUCACAAAGAAAAUCAUGACUGUUUAACCGAUCAUAAAUGUCAUUUUUUUUGUCACUUUAUUGAAGCCCACAACGAUAAUUUAAUCCCGAAAUGCAGUCACAGAGCUGGACAUGAAGGAAAACAUGCUUGUGACAAAAUAAGCCAUUUAUGUGGUAAACCAUGUAGUCGUAAUUGUCAAAAAGUUUGUUCGAAGGUAAUUGGACAUUAUGACUGGGAACAUUUAUGUCAAUCAACAAUCCAUUAUUGUGGAAAAAAUUGUUCAUUAUCAGCACAUACACAGAAAGGAGUUUACCAUUGUCCAAAUAAGUGUAUUAAACCAUAUGAAGAAGAACAUGAUUUGCAUCGUUGUGAAAAUACAAUUUGUCCAAUUCAAUGCCCAAUUCCCUAUUGCAAGAAAAGGUGUCAAAGUGAUGAUCAUUUUCAUGCUUUAUCCGACUUACAGGUUAAUCAUUUUUGUGGCAAUGAGCAUCAAUGUCGAGAGUAUUGUGAAGAAUAUGGUAUAUGUCAAAUAGUUACUGAACCUAAAAAGCAGGAAGAAACUUAUAAGGGUUUAGACAAAGAAACUUCUAUUACAUUUACAAAGUAUAUUCAAUUAAGUGAAAGAUUAGAAUGUAAUAAAAAGAUUCCUCCAAAUGAAUUUAAACAUACCGGAAAUCAUACGCAUAAUGAUAAUGGAUUUCAUUAUUGUGAUACAAAAUGUCCAUUCUGCGAAUAUUAUUGUACAUUACCUUAUGGACAUGCACAAAUUCAUGAUACAAGACAUGGAAAUAUGACUCAAACUGAAUUAGAUAAUGAAUUUGAUUAUGCAGGCCAUAGAUUGAGAGUUGGUGAUCAAGGAACGUUUGUUCUCUGCAAUUUGCAUUGUAAAAAUUUAGGUAGACAUCGCCAUAUUGAUUAUUGCAAAAACGAGAAAAAUUGCAAAUCAGGAAACCAAGGGCAAGAUAUACAACAUAUUAAUGAAAAAGUGCAACCUAACCCCGAGAAACCGAAAGAUUUUAUAUCUCACAAACUUUUCUGGGAGCGAACAGGUUUCAAAGAUCCUACUGUUCAAGAACAAGAAUUUACAAAAUGUGAUCAUAAAUGCCCCGAUGAAAAGCAUCAUAAAACUCAAGGAUCAAGUGCUCUUCUUCCAACUAAUUCAUUUUGCGAAUUACAACUUUUCCAUACUCCACUCAAUCCAAGUUCAAACCCUCCAAACGGUUAUGGGUAUAUAUCUUUAGAUGGACAUCAUUUUAAUUGUGAAAAUCCAAGUACACGUGGAGCUUAGGGUGUCACACGGACUAAUUAAUCAAAACUAUGUUAGCGACAUUGAAUAUUUUAUUAUGAUCAGAUUUUAUACUAUGUAAAGCUAUAAAGUUUAAUUAAAUAGUCUAUUGUUAAUUUUUAAUAAUAAAUAUAAUACAAGUUUCUAAAAGUUUCUCACAAAUCUUG